GAGGUUGUUUACAAGAUGGCGGCUGGCUGGAGGCUGCGUGUUGCGCGCCCAAAAUGUAGCCAGUCGAUGUGCGGACGUGAUGUGAGGUGGAGUGGGAGCCGGGUGCGGUGUUGUUGACAAACAUGCGGUGCUGACAAUGCCGCUGGCGAACAUGAGCGUGGCGAAGAUGAAGCGCGCAGUGCAGGGAGUGACGCUAUUCGCUGCAGCUGCAUACACAACGUUGCUGGUGUAUCAGACGGUGUCUGCGCAGCAACAGGUGGCGGCGGCGCGCGGCUGGCACGAGAGGGCGCCUCGCUCCGUGUCCAGGGACUACGACGCCAACUCGCUGGGCGAGGCGCCGCGACGCGGAGACGCCGCCACGCGCCUGCACGACCUGUUCAUCAGCGUGAAGACCACCAGCUCGUACCACCGCUGGCGACUGCCCGUGGUGCUCACCACGUGGUUCCAGCUCGCGAGGGACCAGACGUGGUUCUUCACUGACGUGGACGACAAGGAGUACCAGCAGAAGACGAACGGCCACAUGAUCAACACCAACUGCUCGUCUUCACACAACAGGAAGGCGCUGUGCUGCAAGAUGUCGGUGGAGUUCGACGUGUUCCUGGAAUCCAACAAGAAGUGGUUCUGCCACUUCGACGACGACAACUACGUGAACGUGCCGCGGCUGGUGCGCCUGCUGGGCCGCUACAACCCGCAGCUCGACUGGUACCUGGGCAAGCCCAGCAUCCGCGCGCCGCUGCAGAUCCUCGACCGCGACGACUCCGGCCAGAAGAUCUCCUUCUGGUUCGCGACGGGCGGGGCCGGCUUCUGCCUCAGCAGGUCGCUGGCGCUCAAGAUGAUGCCCGUGGCCAGUGACGGCAAGUUCAUCGGCAUCGGCGAGAAGAUCCGCCUGCCGGAUGACGUUACCAUGGGCUACAUCAUCGAGCACUUGCUGAAGAAGCCAUUGACAGUCAUAGACCAGUUCCAUUCUCACUUGGAACCAAUGAAGUUCCUACGGCAGGAAACAUUCCACGACCAGAUCACCUUCAGCUACUCCCGGUACAGCAAGGACGAAAUGAACGUUGUGAAGAUAGACGGUUUUGACACACGAAUCGACCCAACAAGGUUCCUCUCCAUCCACUGCUUCCUCUUCUCGCACUUCAGCUUCUGUCCGAGGUGAGACUCCGAGUCGGGGCCGGUGGCUACCCUGUGCUCUCGGCGGCGGUGUUCGCAAACAUUCCUCGUCAAACAGUGCAAUGCUGCAAUCUUGUGAUCGUGGUGUCAGGGCCACCGUCUUUGCCACCGAGUGAGUGUGUGUGUGGGGCGGCUUAUUGUUUUGCAAAUGUGUUUUUAUAUUUAUAAACAGUUUAAUUUUAUUUCGAAAGACUGUGAUAAAUGUUCUUGCCUCUUAUAAAUAUGUAUUUAAGAUUGUAAAUAUAAUAUAUGCAGAUUAUCAGGUAGCAUGCCUUAAAGUGUAUUCAAAGUAACGAACGUUGUUAUUGGAAAGUGAAUAUUUAGUUGAAUUUUUUUCCACUUGAUGUUUCUAAAGUAAUAAUAUUGAUGUAUUUUUUUAUAAACGUAAGAAACUAUGUAUAUUUUUCUGUCACUGUGGAGUAAUUUUUUCACAUUUUUAAUUUAAAUUUUAGGGUGCUUUUUUGACAGCUGCUAAAUUUAAAAUAAUUAAUUUUGUACUUAAACUGAUACUAUUUUGUGUAGUUUGUGAUUGGAAAUUUUAAAUCAUUGCAUGUGAAUUUUUGCUUUACCCAUGUGUAAAACUUUCAUUAUUUCAUUAUAUAUUCACCACAAUUAUGAUUUUGUAACCACCCUGUAGAGAAUGACUCAUGUUUACUGUGAUGGUAGUGUUUUUUUAAUUAACAUCAGCAUGCCUUAAAAGUGAUUUUAUAAGUCUAAGUGCUUGAUGAUGCUAGUAGAAAUUAUUUACACUUUGCCAGUUCAUUGUACAACUGCAAUAUUGUAAAUGCAUACAAUUUUGAUUUAUGACAGAAUAAUCAGAGACGACAGUGUAGGAAUGUGUAUGUGGAGUAAUUUUGGGACAAGGACUUUUAGACUUUAUUCACAAAAUUAUUGUUUAUAGCAUCAGAGAUGUUAAGUAUUGUGAGUUCUUGGAAACAUUAAGUAGAAAGUAUUAUAUAUAUUUUUAAUACUACAGAUUUAUUUGUAUCUUGUGCAGAAUUUAUUUCUUAUUAUCUAGUAUAUGUGGGACACCAAAAUUUUAUUUUUGUUUAAUAUGUUGAAUUUUCUGACAUUGUGUGAUAUAUGGGAUAAACAUGUACAAUAUUUGUAUGUAAAAUACUAGUUUAAUUGUCAAAGUAAAUAUCUGCUUCAAUUAUAUAUAAAGUUUGAAAGAACUGAAUGCCACUUUUCUGUGAUUUUCACAUCAGCAAUAAAUGAUGUAGGCAUAAGUGCAAUAAAUACCAUCCUUUUUUUAUUGGAGGAAAUGUGAACUGGACAGUGAAAGGUAUGCAGAUGUAGAUUUCAAACAUUUUGAAAUAUACAUUUAUUGAUGCAGUUCCUUAUGUUAUUGCAAAUAGUGUGUGUGUGUGUGUGUAUAUAUUAAUGAAUAUAUAUUAAAUUAAUCUAUAUAGACCCUCUUAAUUUGAUAUUUGCUAAGAAUAUGCAUUCAGCCAUUUAUACAUAAUAAAUAAAAUACAGGAAAAAAAUAAUAUUCAAUUUAUAAGUUUCGUGAUAAAACUGAGUGAUGAUACAAUUAUGAAUUUUGUAUAGUGUAUAUUCGUGUAAAUCUAAACUGUAUAGUUACAAUUUUUUGUAUAUUGUGUAAUUAUGUUUUUGUUGAACAUUAUUUCUUUAUGUUUUAUGUUAGUGUUACAUUUUCCUAAUUCUAAACUUUGAAUUGUUGGCAGUCAUAAGUAUUUUAUUAUUAAAUGUGUUUAGAUAAGAAGUUAAGAAGUCAUGAUUACAUGAAAAUGAUUUACUGUGAACUGAAUUAUCAAUAAUUUCAAAAAUUCUAAUGGAAAGUGGAUCUGUUGAAGAGGUACAAAACAAAAGUUAAUUUCUAUACUGUGUGAAAAUGUGGUUGAUAUAUCUUAAUAAUCUUUUGCUACCUGAGCGGCAAAAUACAUAAUGUGUAUUACUGUGGGACCAGUUGUAAAGGAAACAAUUAUUUAUACAUUUUUGUACCUCUAUGUAGUAGGAAAUAAAUCCUGAUAUAAAGAAUUUUUUUUACAAUCUGCAUUA